AUGCCUAGCUGUUCGUCACUCGUUUACAAUGGGUGUCGGAUCUGCGCCUAUGGCUUACUUGUAAUUCUUCACAUCUUACUCACGGCACUAUUUGCCUUGUCGAUCCACGAUCGUUCUGGAGGACCGACCGAGAUAGCCUGCCUGUUCAUUCAUAUCCUAGCGAUCUUAGUUCUUGUCUUCCAAUCCGUCUACUUCCUAUAUCGGUGCAAUGCAGAACCGAGUAAUAACAGCCACACAAUCAUUUCCGGCCUUUCAUGCUUGCUCUGCACUAUUGGCGCUAUUGUGAUCACCGCUCGCGCCACCGAUCAACCAGGGAUCGUCGACGACUUCUCCGCUGUGUCGGACUCGUAUCACGCAGCGCUCGCCGCUAUUGCGCUCUCCUGGCUUGCAAUGUGGAUGUCUGCGAUGACCGUGGUUUUCUCUGUCGUGCAGAAAAACCCGGGUGCUGUCGAGGGUUCCCCGUACACUAGCGCGCCUGUCAGGCAUAGAGUUGUUUUCCACAAGGACCAUAGGCCACUCAAGAUCAUCGAGGUCAUCCAAGGCUCGGAUCCGGAAAUGUGGGAUCGCGAGAAAGGACGAGCUCCUCAGGCCCCACAGUUUCCUCCACCCAUUCUCUGUCGUGACGCCGACAACCGCCCCGCGCGGGACACUCACAACAUGAACAUUCACUGGCUCCGCGAGUCGGUUUGA